AUGCUCCUACUCAAUCUGAGGGGUCGUCCAUCACCAGUCCCGCCCAAGCGCCUAAUAAGCACCCGCCUGCCUCAGAGGCAUAUCUCCCAUCCUGAACUCAAUCUUCCAUCCAUGAAUGCCAGUGUCAUCCUUCACAAAUACACCUUCACGGAAGCACUUCUUCGCAUUGAGAUCUUUACUGAGCCCUUCAAUCUGAUCCUGUGGAAAGCAUGGGCGGUCUGGAUGCACGUCCUGCUGGUCUUUAUGGUCCAAGCCCAGUCUGAAGCGGCCAGCGUGGAGAUCAUCCUACCCCUUCCACGUGAUAUCCCUGUCCUAGCCCAAGUGGAAAUACACCUAGCAACAGCUCGCACUGUAGAAGGUGGUCGUCGGAUGAUACCCCGAAUUGCAGAUCACCUUCCUGUGGUCAUCCCUCGUGGUUUUACUGCCCGUGUUCUGUAUGAUGACCCCACUGUCUGCGAGGACUUUGGUUUAGGCCACCCACUGGAUGGUCUCCCUGACAUUGGAAACUUGCGCCUUUGUGUUAAGACAUUGCACAAUGUGGCACGCGAACUGUACAAUGUCAUGCAUGGAAUCAUUGGUAGACGCGAGCUGGCGAAUGGUACUUUGAGAUGGUUGCAAAUCGUAGUCGAGGAAUUGGAAGUAGCAUUCGGGCUCGUAGCAUGCCCUCCUCCGAUAACCAGCUUCCAACUGCUGUUGGACUAG